CGCAGUUUCGGGGCUGUGAUUGACAGGCGGGAGAGUGAUGGCGGCACGCAGCGGCUGGUUGCUGGGCCGCAGCGCCGUGAGUAGCGCGCUGCUCCGGAGCGGCGGCGUCCGUAGGGUGGCCGCCAGUGGCUACGCCAAGAAAGCGGCUGUCAAGGGGAGAGGUAAGAUUGGAAUCAAAGAGGCUUUGCAAGGUCCAGAGGUUUGUAAGGAUCCUGUCACUCUGACCACACAUGCUGUGGGAGUGAACAUUUACAAGCAAGGCACAGACCCAGAGCUACUGCCAGACACUGAAUACCCUGAAUGGUUGUUUUCCUUGAACCUUGGGCCUCCAAAGAACCUGGAUGAAUUAGACCCAGAAUCCUGGGAAUACUGGAAAAGGAUAAGAAAACAACACAUGUGGCAACACAACAAAGAACACAAUGGGAAGAAGUUCUAACAAAAAUUUUGGAAGUAAGCCUCAAGUAUCCAUUUCACCAAAAUGAAGAAAGUCUUCAAAGGAGAAAAUUUGAUCAGCAGUGGUCAUGUGCAACAAGUCUUCAGACCAGUCAUUACACAAGGAGGACCUGUGAAGGAGCUGAACUUGAGUUUCUCAACUGUAUACGAUAUGACCCAGAGAGGGAAGCUGUAAUUAACACUUGCAUUGUCAAUUAAUAAUGAAAAAUAAAAAGAGCAAUUUUUUA